UAUAUACUAAGACAAACAUUUAACUAAUUGACAUUAGAUAUGAACCAUACCUAACUGUUUUGACUUACAUACAAAUUCAACUUACGAGGAACAGAUCUCAUUCGUACUCUGCAGACUGCCUGUAUCUGUGGGUGCUAUUAACCAUAGCGUUUUCUGUGUAUUUCAGCCAUUAGUCUCUAACCAUGGGGGACUGGAAUUUAUUGGGUGGCAUCCUAGAGGAGGUUCACUCCCACUCAACCAUCGUGGGGAAAAUCUGGCUGACCAUCCUUUUCAUCUUCCGAAUGCUGGUACUUGGAGUGGCUGCUGAGGGUGUCUGGGAUGAUGAACAGUCAGCAUUUGCCUGCAACACCCAGCAGCCAGGGUGCAACAAUAUCUGUUAUGAUGAUGCUUUCCCUAUCUCUUUGAUCAGGUUUUGGGUUUUACAGAUCAUCUUUGUCUCUUCUCCCUCUCUGGUGUAUAUGGGCCAUGCACUUUAUAGACUCAGGGCCUUAGAGAAAGAAAGACGGAGAAAAAAGUCACACCUUAGAGCCCAGAUGGAGAAUCCAGAGCUUGACUUGGAAGAGCAGCAAAGAAUAGAUAGGGAACUGAGGAUGCUAGAGGAACAGAAGAGGAUCUAUAAAGUCCCUCUGAAAGGAUGUCUGCUGCGUACUUAUGUCUUACACAUCUUGACUAGGUCUGUGCUGGAAAUAGGGUUCAUGAUAGGCCAGUAUAUUCUCUAUGGGUUUCAAAUGCACCCGCUUUACAAAUGCACUCGACCUCCCUGCCCCAAUGCAGUGGAUUGCUUUGUAUCCAGGCCCACAGAGAAGACCAUUUUCAUGAUCUUUAUGCACAGUAUUGCAGCCAUCUCCUUGUUCCUUAAUGUACUGGAAAUAUUUCAUCUGGGUAUCAGGAAAAUCAUAAGGGCACUUUAUGAGAAAUCCAACAGUGAGGUCCCUGAGGAUGAAAGGGGCCCUCCAUUCCAUUUGAAGAAAUACUCAGUGGCUCAGCAGUAUAUGACUUGCUCUUCCUUGCCUGAUAGAACCUCUCUGCUUCAAGCUAACAAUCAACAAAAAAUCAUCCGACUUAAUAUGCCAAAGUCUGCAACCAUCUGGCAAAUUCCACAGGCCAAACAACUUGAGGUAGUCCCUUGCUGUGGCAAAAAAGACUGGGCUCAGAAGGACCAGCACAGUGGACAGCUCCUUGUCCACAGUCCAUGCCCCUGGGAUGGCAGUGUCAGAAUGCAGGACCAUGGACAGCAACCAGAUCAUCCUUCCUCCUUUGGCCUGCAGAAUACCGUUUCCCAGUCCUGGCUGGAGAGAUCCACGGCCCCUAGACACUGUCCAUCCUAUGCACCAGGAACCUGGGAGCAGCCCCAGGAUCUGAAACCCCCAGGUGAGCCUCUCAAAGAUCUGCACAGUCACCGCAGGGACAGUGAUGACAGCGUGAGAGAGAGUGGGGUCUGGGCAGACAGAUCUCACCCAGGCAGUCGCAAAGCCAGCUUUCUGUCCAAGUUACUGUCUGAAAAGGGACAGCUACACAGUGACUCUGGAAGCUCUAGUUCUCAGAAUAGCUCUUGCUUGGACUUUCUGUAUCAGGAAAACAGCCCCUCCCCUCUGCCUUCAGCCACUGGGCACAGAACAUCAAUGGUAAGUAAAGACGACAGCCCUACUGAUCACAGAACUGUCACCACAAGAGGUGUUCCACUCUGGCCUCUUCUUAUCCUUCCCUUUCCUUCUGCCCAG